GCGGGGCGUGUGUGUGUGUGUGGCUGAGGCUGCUGCUCACCAGGGACGCAGAGAGUGCAUGCCUCUCCCAGGUCGGACUGUGAAGCGGGCGAGGACGGGGAGGCGGCGGAGGAGGGGAGGAGCAGCCGGAGACAGACUGGGCAUCCCUCUCGGGGGCUUAAGGGCCCCGGCUCGGCCGUGGUUAUGGCAUCGCUUGCGGACCGAAUGCGAGGCAACGGGCGCAUUGCCGCUGGGCUCCUGCUCAACCUGCUGGUGUCCAUCUGCAUCGUGUUCCUCAACAAAUGGAUCUAUGUGCAUCACGGCUUCCCUAACAUGAGCCUGACCCUGGUGCACUUCGUGGUCACCUGGCUGGGCUUGUACAUCUGCCAGAAACUGGACAUCUUUGCCCCCAAGAGUCUGCCGCCUUCCAAACUCCUCCUCCUGGCCCUCAGCUUCUGUGGUUUCGUGGUCUUCACUAAUCUCUCUUUGCAGAACAACACCAUAGGUACCUAUCAGCUGGCCAAGGCCAUGACCACGCCGGUCAUCAUAGUCAUCCAGACCCUCUGCUACAAGAAGACCUUCUCUACCAAAAUACAGCUCACGCUGAUUCCUAUAACUGUAGGUGUAAUCCUAAAUUCUUAUUACGAUGUGAAGUUUAAUUUCCUUGGAAUGGUGUUUGCUGCUCUUGGUGUUUUAGUUACGUCCCUUUAUCAAGUGUGGGUAGGAGCCAAACAGCAUGAAUUGCAAGUGAACUCGAUGCAACUCUUGUACUACCAGGCUCCGAUGUCCUCCGCCAUGUUGCUGGUGGCCGUGCCCUUCUUUGAGCCUGUGUUUGGAGAAGGAGGAAUAUUUGGCCCCUGGUCAGUUUCUGCUUUGCUUAUGGUGCUGCUGUCUGGAGUAAUAGCUUUCAUGGUGAACUUAUCAAUUUAUUGGAUCAUUGGGAACACUUCACCAGUCACCUAUAACAUGUUUGGACACUUCAAGUUCUGCAUUACUUUAUUUGGAGGAUAUGUUUUAUUUAAGGACCCAUUGUCAAUUAAUCAGGGUCUUGGCAUGUUAUGCACGUUAUUUGGCAUUCUCGCUUAUACCCAUUUUAAACUCAGCGAACAGGAAGGAGGUAAGAGUAAAUUGGUACAGCGUCCUUAAUUGGGUUUCGGUGGAGAAAAGAAAGCCAUCCCAAGAAGAUCAAAGAUGUUAACUGUGCAAGUUACUUUCAAAGAAGAAGAAAAAUUAUAUUGCCCAAUUUGUUGAAUGAUGGUUUACAAGAAGAAACACAAAGGAAACUUUGUUGAUAAAUACAGCUUUCUCUUUUAGAAUACCUCUAAACCAAUGGCCCAUGCUUCCUUUCAAAGAUAGAUAAUACGAAGUCUAUAGCAUGGUUUGGUUAUACCAAAUGAAAUACAUGAAAUUAAAGUUCUGUAAUAGUUACAAAGA